CAGAGGGGAGGGAGGGGCGGGGCUUCUUCCUCGACGGAUGGAGAGAGACAGAGAGAGAGGGGGGGCGCGAUGGGAGCUGCGUGGGUGCUGCUGUUCUUGGUCCUGGUGUCCUGGGCCCCCCCGGGGGCCUCCUCCGCCGAGGAAGAGGGAAGCGUCCGUCCAACCGUCUCCACCCGCCUGGGGCGCCUGCGGGGGACACUGCUGAGCGUGGAGGGCGCCCCCGCCCCCAUCAAGGCCUUCCUGGGGGUCCCUUUCGCCAAGCCCCCCCUGGGCACCCUCCGCUUCGCCCCGCCUGAGCCGCCCGAGCCUUGGUCCCACCUGAGAGAUGCCACUUCCCAGCCCCCCAUGUGCCUCCAGGAUGUGAGCUGGAUGCAGGGGAUGAGCCACGAGCUGAACAUGCUGAUACCCAAUGUGUCUGCCUCUGAGGACUGCCUCUACCUCAACAUCUUCACGCCGAACACAGAGGCCAAGUUGCCGGUGCUGGUCUCGAUCCAUGGUGGGGGCCUGAUUGUGGGGUUCGCCUCCAUGUACGAUGCGCCUGCCCUCUCUGCUUUCGAGAACGUGGUGCUGGUGACCCUUCAAUACCGAUUGGGGAUCCCGGGCUUCUUCAGCACCGGGUCCAAGGAGGCGCCUGGCAACUGGGGCUUGCUGGACCAGGUGGCAGCCCUCAGGUGGGUCCAGGAGAACAUCGAGGCCUUCGGAGGAGACCCCACUUCGGUGACCAUCAUGGGAGUGUCAGCCGGAGGGUUCAGCGUGGGGGUCCAGGUUUUGUCCCCGUUGUCCAGGGGCCUCUUUCACAGAGCCAUCUCAGAUAGCGGAGUCGCCCUCUUAGACAUCCUUGCUGCGAAGAACCCCGGAGCCAUGGUCCAGACGGUUGCCAAUGUCUCUGGCUGCGAGAACAGCAGUCCAGCUGCCCUGGUGCGUUGCUUGAGGAGCAAAACGGAGGAGGAACUGGCUGUCCUGAACAUCCAGCUGUGCCAGAUCUUUGGAAUGGCUCUUGCUGUGGUUGAUGGGGAGUUCCUUCCAAAGGCACCGGAGAAGUUGCUGGCUGCGAAAGAGUUCAGCGACGUACCGUAUCUGAUCGGCAUCACUAACCACGAAUAUGGGUGGGCUCUCCCUCAGUCAGGUUUAUUCGUUUCCAUCACGGAGGUCAUGGACCGGCAGGCGGUGACAGCUGCCUUCCAGGAAUCGGCCCCCGUCCUGAAUCUCCCAGUGGAGGCCACGCAGAGGGCUCUGAAGGAGUAUGUGGGGGAGACGGAAGACCCCCGGGAACUACGGGCUCAGUUUCUGGAUUACAUGGGGGACGUCAUGUUUCUCCUUCCUGCAGUUCGGGCAGCUAUCGCUCAUAGAGGCUCUGGUGCCCCCGUCUACUUUUACCAAUUCCAGCAUCCCCCUUCCAUCGCCAGAGACAUAAGGCCGGCAUAUGUGAAGGCCGACCACGCAGACCAAGUCGCUUUCGUGUUGGGAACGCCGCUCUUACGUAGCAAGGAUUCCCCACUUGGGGAAUACACGGAGGAGGAGAAGCGGCUCAGCAAGACGAUGAUGAGAUACUGGGCGAACUUUGCCCGCAGCGGGAACCCAAACGGCCAAGGGCUGGUGGAGUGGCCCCGGUACGACCAGAAGGAGGGCUACCUGGAACUGGGCCUGGAGCCAAGAGGAGCCCAGAAGCUGAAGCAGGGAAAAGUUGACUUCUGGCUGAAGACCCUGCCUGAGCAGAUGAAGAGGGAAACGGCGAAGCAGGAGACACACCGAGAACUGUAGGGAAGGGAGGGGUGGCCACGGAGGAGAGCAGGGCACCUCCAGGGAGUAGAGCAGUUCAAGAGCAGAGCAGUUGAGUUCCCUCUCCAUCUCAAGAAAGAAAAGCCUGGUGAAUGUCACGGGGAAAUAAUUGGGGCCUUAGAAUCAUAGAAUCCUAGAGUUGGAAGAGACCUCAUGGGCCAUCCAGCCCAACCCCAUUUCUGGCAAGAGGCAGGAAAAUCACCAUCAAACCCCCCCUCCCCCAACAGAUGGCCAGCCAGCCUCUGCUUAAAAGCCUCUAAAGAAGGAGCCUCCCUCCACCACACUCCCUCCGGGGCCGGGAGAGAGUUCCACUGGUGAACAGCUCUCUCUCUCUCUCUCUCAUUCAGGAAGUUCCUCAUGUUCACGGAGGACAUCAUCACAUUAAGACAAUUAAACGUAUGAAAACA